AUGAGUGAACAUGUACUUAAUUGCGAAUUACAUAUUUUCACUGAUGCGUCACAAAAUGCGUAUGGGGCUUGUGCGUACAUACGCACGUACUCGGAUCAAUCAUCGGUAUCAGUCAAAUUAUUAUGUGCAAAGAGCAAAGUGGCCCCCGUAAAAACAGUGUGUACUAUUCCGCGGCUUGAACUUUGUGGUGCUUUGCUCGGCGCGCGGCUAUAUCGUAAAAUUUUAAGUUCGUUAAGGCUUACGUUUACAAAAGUUUACUUUUGGACAGAUUCCACCAUAGUCAUGGGCUGGAUUAGAAUGCCUCCUCAUAAUUUAAAAACGUUUGUCCAAAAUCGAGUGUCUCAAAUAAACGAUCUUACGGGAGACGCGAUUUGGUUGCAUAUUAAAGGCACAGAUAAUCCUGCAGAUAUUGUGUCGAGGGGCCUCCACUUAAACGAACUCCAAGACAAUGACCUGUGGUGGCACGGGCCAGCCUUUUUACAGAGCCAUGACAUUGAAUGGUCAAAUAAUGUUGUCAUAGAUAAUGCAAAGUUGCCCGAAUUGAAGGUUCAACAUGCGAGUAUGGUGUGUAGUAAUCAGAAUAGUGAUUGCUUAGUAGAUUUUAAUAGAUUUUCUUCAUUCAAUCGGCUGCGUCGAAUGUCAGCCUAUGUACUCAGGUUCAUCGGUAACACACGUGUUAGUAAACAAGACCGAAAAACCGGUUCCUUAUCUGUUAUUGAGUUGGACGCUGCAACUAUUAUGUUAGCACGGCUUGCACAACUGCAAUCGUUUAAUAGCGAAUAUAGCGAUUUAGAUAAGAAAUCGGUUGUAAAAUCUAAAAGAAUACUAGGUUUAAAUCCUUUUCUUGAUGAAUUUAAAUUAAUACGCGUUGGCGGAAGGUUGAGUAACUGUAAUUCUUUUAAUAACAACAAGAAACAUCCUAUUCUGUUGUGUAGUAAACACAGACUGACUAUGUUGAUAUUUGCGCAUGAACAUAAACAGUUAUUGCAUUGUGGGCCUCAGCAACUCUUGGCUUCUGUGCGUGAGACUUGGUGGCCACUUGGUGGGAGAAACCUAGCUAGGAAAACUGUCCACGAUUGUGUCACUUGCACGCGACUUAAGGGAAAAAUUGUACAGCCUCUCAUGGGUAAUUUACCCGCUGAACGCCUGGAAGCUGGGUUCCCCUUUAUGCGUUGUGGGGUAGACUAUGCGGGUCCAGUGAUGAUAUUGAAUCGAAGAGGGAGGGGUGCAAGUCUCACUAAAAGUUACAUAUGCUUGUUUGUUUGUUUAUGUACCCGUUCCAUUCAUCUUGAACUAGUUACAAGUCUAUCAACGAAAGAUUAUAUACUUGCUUUGAAACGUUUUAUAUCCCGGAGGGGUAAACCAGCUGAAAUUAUGUCGGAUAACGCAACAAAUUUUGUAGGUGCUGAACGAGAAUUUGUUUCAUUCAUUGAAAAUAACAGUAGCGAUAUUGAUGAUUUUACUUCAAAUAACAACAUUAAAUUUAGUUUCAUUCCUCCGUAUGCUCCUCACUUUGGCGGUUUGUGGGAGGCAGGGGUGAAAUCGUGUAAGCACCACCUGCGACGCGUAAUCGGUUCAGCUAAUCUCACUUACGAGGAACUCAGUACGGUAUUGGCACAAAUUGAAGCCAUCCUCAAUUCCCGACCCUUAACCGCCCUGUCCACUGAUCCUAACGACCUCCAACCCCUCACACCAGCCCAUUUCCUUAUCGGCCGGCCAUUGACUGCUCCAGCCUGCAGAGAUCUGACUGAAAUAUCGAUUCAUCGGUUAAUGCGCUACGACGUUAUUGGGCAGAUGAGGCAAAUAUUCUGGAAACGAUGGGCGAAGGAAUAUGUGGCGGAGUUGCAGACGCGCACUAAGUGGAAAACUCGUCAAGAUUCUCUUGCGAUCAAUCAACUGGCUUUGAUAAAAGACGACAACCUGCCGCCACUAAAAUGGAAGUUAGGGAGAAUCAUACGAAUGUAUCCUGGAACCGAUGGGAUCUCAAGGGUGGCCGACCUACUGACGUCAUCGGGCAUCACACGUAGGGCAUUCUCGAAAAUAUGCCCCCUGCCAGUAUCACCAUAGCAGACGAUGUGUCUGCUAAUUCGGAAUGCUGAAAAUGUUGGAACCGGCUGUUUCCAAGGCCGGGGCCAUGUUAGCGCCAUGUAAACGACGCCAUGUCAACCUGCGACGUGCUGCGCGCGCCGCUGGACUUUGGCUGUCACAUUUUUUGUCAUUGAAGAAAAAUUUUCUUUUCGCUUUUUAUUUGUCUCAAUAAAUUGUAUACGAUUAUAUUAUAAUAAACGAAUAUAUGCGUAUCAAACAGUAA